AUGGAAAAGGAAGCAGAGAAAGAAGCAAACCCUGAUGAAGCUGGGGUGGACGUACAGCCCACCACUUCUUCAGACAGAUACUAUUCCCUCCUUGGAGUUUCUCCUGACGCUUCUCCAACAGAAAUUCGAAAAGCUUAUUACGCGCUCUGCAAACGGCUGCACCCUGACAAGUGA